AAAAAAAGAGGGGCAAUCGCAUCAGAAACCUUAAUGCCGCCUUCGUUUGAAACUCUCAAAGAUCGCAACUUUCCGAGAGAAGAUAACACAGCGCACAGAAAAGAGAAGCUGCCAAACCCGGCCACCUCCUCCUCUCCUCUCCUCCCCCAUCGCCUUCCCCAAUCCGUCGGCGAGGCCAAGGCAGGCAGGAAGCCAUGGGCGACAACAGCGCCGCCGCGGCGGCCGUGGCCGCGCCGCGCGGCAGGUUCGGCAGGAUCUGCGUCUUCUGCGGCAGCAACGCCGGCAACCGCGCGGUGUUCGGCGACGCGGCGCUCCAGCUCGGGCAGGAGCUGGUGUCGAGAGGGAUCGAGUUGGUCUACGGUGGCGGCAGCGUCGGGUUGAUGGGCUUGAUCGCGCAGACGGUUCUUGAUGGCGGCUGCGGUGUUCUCGGGGUGAUUCCAAAAGCACUCAUGCCCACCGAGAUAUCAGGUGCAAGUGUUGGAGAAGUGAAAAUUGUGUCUGACAUGCAUGAGAGGAAAGCUGAGAUGGCACGCCAAUCCGAUGCCUUCAUCGCUCUUCCUGGAGGGUAUGGAACAAUGGAGGAGUUGUUAGAGAUGAUAACUUGGUCACAACUUGGAAUUCAUGACAAACCAGUUGGGUUGCUGAAUGUGGACGGUUACUAUGAUCCGUUGCUUGCGCUAUUUGAUAAGGGUGCGGCAGAAGGAUUUAUUAAGGCCGAUUGCAGACAAAUAAUUGUUUCGGCACCGACUGCGCAUGAGCUGCUGAGAAAGAUGGAGCAAUACACUCGUUCACACCAGGAGGUAGCGCCACGUACAAGCUGGGAGAUGUCAGAGCUUGGUUAUGGAAAGACACCAGAGGAAUCGUAGCAUAAUCUGCUAAUGUGACAUUGUUCCUGAAGGAGAAUUGCAGCUGCUCCUUUUAUCUCCCAUUUUGGUUACCUUAUCGUGUUACCUGUCCAGUCAACUUCAUCCGGUGAAGAAGAUGCAUAAGAAAAUAUGUACCUACCCUCGGUUUUCCUGUGGGGGAAUGAACGCAUGGUUAUAGUCCGUAUAAUAUUUCCUGCCUUACAUAAAUUAAGAGGCAUUUGAGCAACAGAAUCCGUGUGUUUUCUCCUUGCAAAUUCUAUGCAAAAUUCGAUUGGGUCUUGUAAAUCUGCAGAUGUAAUGCAAGGGAACACUUCUUAUAUGCAUAGGCUUAUCAAAUGAAAUAUUUCAGUUCAUCUGCA